ACACAGCCCGCGCCAUCUCCUGGAAUCCUCCAACAGGAAGAAAGAUGACUCCUCCAGUGUCCAUUGUCAGCUCUCAAUAAAGUUAUACAUAAAAAAAUAACUGGUGACACAGGAAGAAAGAAUGGCUACAGCUGGGAAUCAGGAGCCAGUGGUGUCUCUUAAAAGUAAGGUGUGUCUGGUGACUGGAGCCAGCUCUGGGAUCGGUGCCGGCACUGCGUUGCUCUUUGCCCGUCUAGGGGCACGAUUGGCCCUUAAUGGUAGAAAUGAGGAGAAAUUAAAGGAGACAGCUCAAGCCUGCGAGGAGUUCUGUGACCAGAAGCCUCUGCUGGUUGCGGGAGACCUGACGGAUGAGGUGCGGCUCCGGGAGAUCGUGGAGCAGACGGUGUCGCACUUUGGACAGCUCGAUGUGCUGGUGAAUAGUGGGGGGAUCCUGGCCAUGGGCACGAUUGAGAACACGACUCUGCAGGACUACGACCGCGUGAUGAACGUGAACGCCAGGUCCCUGUUCUACCUCACCCAGCUGGCAACACCACAUCUAACAAAGACCAAAGGAAACAUCGUGAACGUCUCCAGCGUCAAUGGGCAGAGAUCGUUCCCGGGGGUCCUGGCCUAUUGUAUGUCCAAGUCAGCAGUCGACCAGUUAACCAGAUGUGCAGCUUUGGAGUUGGCGAGUAAACAAGUUCGUGUGAACGCCGUCUGCCCGGGGGUCAUUGUCACGGAGGUGCACCGGCGCGCAGGUCUGGACGAGGUGCAGUACGCUCAGUUUCUGCAGAACACCCAGCACACCCACGCCCUGGGGCGGCCCGGUACGGUGGACGAAGUGGCCCGGACAAUCGCUUUCCUGGCUUCAGAUGCUGCGUCUUUUAUCACAGGAGUCACCAUGCCAGUGGAUGGAGGACGCCACGCCAUGUGCCCACGAUAAGACUGUAUAAUCAUCAAUAAAGAUGUGAGAGUAACAUA